CGGUGUCGCUGCCGGGGUGCGGCGGCUGGGCUCGCUCCCGGGGGUCGGCCCGGCGUACCGGGGUGGGUGGCGGGGCGCGGGUCCCGGCUGUGGGUCCCGCCUCAUCCCGGGGGCCUGCGGGGCCGCGGCCGUGAGGGCUCCCGGUGCGGAGCCCCCCGGGCUGUCCCGCCGCCGGAGCCUCCGCGCUUCGGGGGCGCCCCGGGGACUGACAUUUCCCUGGUCCUGGCGACUUCGGGCCAAAUAAUUUCCCUCUUGGUACUUGUUUUCUGCCGGGAUCAGCGGGAUUUUCCGCUGCCCGGUGCAGGCUGGGGUCGCUGCCGUUGUGGCGGGCUCGGGUCUUUGGGCAGCGAAACACGAGCUCGGGAAGAAGGCUGGAGUUUGCGAUCUGUAGGAGAGGGGAUUCCUGGUCUGGCUGAUGGCCGGCCGCCUCGCCGUGCCCGUGCUGUGGAUGUGGGCGAGGAGCAGCUCCCGGACCAUCCCCAGCUCCAGGGAACCUCGUCCCGGUAGGGGCACGACGGAGCCUCCCGGGAGCUGGGGUUGCAUCCCGGUGCACCGGGAAUGCUGCGGGGCUUUCCUGGCUGUGAAAUGGGUGCUCGGGACCGGGGAUCUCCUGCUUCCUAAAAGCCUUGGUGCCCACUGAAGUCAUGGAGCUGGAAAGUCCGAACUUCCAGCUGGGAUUUUAUCUUCCUGACCCGGCACACAUCCGUGCUGUUGAGGGUUUUUUUUUGGGGGGAGGAAAUGGGAUUUUUAAGCUACUUAAAGAUGGUUUUGUGCUCAAGAAGCUUCUGGAGUGGAGAUGGUGUGGCCACCUGUGGAUGCGGUGUUGGAGGUGUCUGAAGGGGUGGCUGGCAGCAUACACAGCUGGAUCCAGGCAUCUCCUGUGCUUGCUUCAGGUGGGAGAGCCUUGAGAGCCCCUGCUGAGGGCAGGAGCAUCCAAACCCCACUGGGAUGGAGCACAGCUGGGGAUGGGAAAAGGAGCUGUGUGCCCAAACCGCUUAAAAAACCCAAACUCUGCUCUUCAGGCUUGGUUGGUUGGGUUUUCUGUUGGGAUUUAUUUCGUUUUCUGCUGGUGUUUGUGGUGAAUCCGUGCCACUCGGCACUGGGAGAUUCUCUGAGCCUCAACUGGCACUUCAGCCCUCCCAGCCCUGAGCUACACCCUAAACUCAUCCCUGCAGAGGGCUGAAAAUGGAUUGUCCUUGCAGGAGCAGCUCUGGGCUGAAACAUUCUGGGGUGAAAACAGGCAGAAUUGGUGGUGGAGCUGCCCUGGCCUGGAUUGCAGAGGGGACUCCUGGAGCAUCCCCUGGGACAGAGGCAAGGACAGCAUGUGCCAGGCUCAGCUCCUGCAGAGAACCAGCCUGGAAAUAGUCAUGGCCUGGUUUAAGAGCUUGGCUCCCAGGGAAUUUCUUUGGUGCAGGCGCUGAGAGGACUGAGUUUGUUGUCAGUGCUUCGUUAGAGAAUGCUGUGAUUUUGGGGGCAGCUGGUAACCAGGAGGGAUGAUGAUGAUGAUGGUGGGACAGAGGCUGCUGUGUUUGUGUUGGAGACUUAUUGGGCUUUUAUCUGUCUUGGAGAUAAAAGUGGAAGGUUCUGGUGUGUUCUCCAGCCCAAGGUUCAGGAUGAGCUGGCGGUUGGGAGGAGCCCAGCUGUGUCUGGAGCUCUGGGAAAAAACAGGAUAAAGCUGUGCAUUGAAGCUUUAUAAAGAUGGGAUGGCUUCCAUAACUUUCACUUCACUCCUGCUCCAACUCCUGAGCACCAGCGUGGUUUUAGGAGCCCCUGUGCCCUGCUGGAGCAGCUCAUUUGUGGGGGUUAUGUGCUGUCCUUUUGGGCUGUGCUAAAAAGGAGAUCCCAGAAUGGUAAAACCUGGAGAGCUGCUCCUACCAAGCACGAGGUGCAGCCACAGAGCCACAUCCAGCUGCCUGUGCCGUGUGUCCCCCAAGAUCCCUGCUCCUCCCUGUCACACUGCCUUCCUCCUGCACUCACAGCACCCCUCCUGUGGCUGAGGGGCUCCAAGGCUGUCCUGCUCCAUCACUUUGAUCAGGAAUAACUGGAUUUUCGUUGAUGAGCUGGGUUGAUUCCCAGCCUGGAUGAGGCAGGCAUGGUCUGUGUCCCACCCAGCACUCCAAGGGUGUCCUGCUCCAUCAGUUUCACCAGGAAUAACUGGAUUUUUGUGGAUGAUGAUGAGGAGGAGCUGGGUUGAUUCUCAUCCUGGAAGAGGGAAUCAACCCAAUUUUUUGUUGAUGAUGAUGAUGAGGAGCUGGGUGGAUUCCCAUAUUGGAAGAGGCAGGCAUGGUGUGUAUCCCACCCAGCACUCCAAGGGUGUCCUGCUCCAUCAGUUUUAUCAGGAAUAACUGGAUUUUUCUUGCUGCUGAUGAUGAGGAGCUGGGUUGAUUCCCAAUCUGGAAUAGGCAGGAGCUGCAGGGUCUGUAUCCCACCCAGCACUCCAAGGGUGUCCUGCCCCAUCAGUUUCACCAGGAAUAACUGUUUUUUUGUUGAUGAUGAUGAUGAGGAGCUGGGUUGAUUCCCAUACUGGAAGAGGCAGGAGCUGCAGGGCUGUGUCCCACCCAGCACUUGCAGAUGGAGCUUAGUGACACAGCACAGGUGUCAGGUCAGGACGGGUGCUGCUAAUCCUGGCAGGUUAGGUAACCUGCAGGGCCAGGACAGCCAUGUGGGGUGGGACUGGGACAGCCCCCACUGUUCUGGGGGGCAGGAGGAAGGCAGAAACCUCCUUCAGGAGCGUCAGGCAAUGCUCACUCGGAGCUCACGGAGCAGCUCAUUUUUCUCAUUGUUACUCUGAUGGGGCUCAGGCUGGAGCUGCUCCCAUGUCCCACCUGCAGGUCCCCUCAGGAUGCCCCUGCUUAGCCCUGAGUGCUGCCACAUUUCAAGGUUUUGGGGUUUAGGAGUUGGAUAUCUGCUGGUUUGCCACUCUGCUGCUGGUGGGAGUGAAAACAUCCAUGUGGGUCUGGCAGGAUUGAAUUUCCCAUGGAUUUGGGCACCUCCUGCCUCACCUGCAGCUCCCUGGGGGUCUGGCUCGGUGUUCCCUGUGGGGAAGGGAUGUUGAGGAGGGGCUGGGUCAGGAGCAGAGCUCUGGGAGUGGAGUCCUGGCUCCCAGCUUGGUUCCUACCCUCAGCAAAACAUCACGUGGCAGAUCCGGGGGAGAGACGUCAGAGUUUGCUGCUCCUAAAAUAUUUCUGGAAGUGUCUUUAUAAACACAGUGGAGCCACAGGUCGUGGCUGACCUUGGGUCAGGAUUUGGCCCUAACAAAGAGAAUUAUUUCCUCUUUCUGCAGCAUGUUCAGCAGGAUUGAAAUCUAACAAAAUAAGGGAAUUAAAGCCCCAUAAAUUCCAGUCUGGAACUUUAAAUGGAUCCAGUUUUGCUGCUCCACAGUUGGUUCUGGUGAACUGUUUAAAUUCAGUGUUCCCAGUGGUUGAUUCCUCCCAGGAUGGAGCUGAGAAACACUGAGCUCUUUGACCUUGUGAAUUCCUCCCUCAGUUUCCUGAUUUUUCUGAUGUUGUCAGGGGUGCAGGCCUGCCUGCAGAAGGCUGGGAUGCUCCACAUGCUCCUGGUGAGUCCCUUCCCAAACCUUGAUGGGGUUGGAGUUGCCCUGGGAGAGGCUGUAGGCAGCAAGAGCGAGGAGGCUCGGGGAGGUUUUAUGACUUUUCCCCUCAUUUUGGAUGGACAUGUGGUGUGAGAGGUCUGAAUUCCCGUUAGGAAGGAUUUGCAGGCUGCUGGGAUGGACCAAACCCAGCUUUGCCCCAUUCCUGAGGCUGGAACUGGGCAGACUGGAGGUUGGUGUCAGCCUUGGGUGGAUCUGCUGGCACUUUGGGAUGGAGCUUUCACUGGGUUCCCAUGGGUGUGUGACCAUGGAAUGCUGUGUGCACGAAGCUCCAGCUCCUUCUGGUCCCAUCGAGGUGUGACUCCAGCACAGCUGCUCACUCCUCACUGCUGGCAGGAGCAUUGCUGUGCUCAGGCCCUGUGCAAACGUGGGCAGAUGUCUGUGAAAAGCCCUGCUGAUGUGUCCUGCAAAGAGCUGUUGGGAUCACAACAACUGGGCUCAGCCCUAAGUUCAUGUUUUGCACACAUUUCUGAUUGGAAUGUGCCAGGAACACUCACUUUGGAUCACAUCCAGCUGUGCUGCACCCCCGUGCACUGCUGGGGCUUUGGGGUGUGCCUGCUCCAUUGCUGGGGGAUGGAUUUGCAGCUGUGCAUCUCCUGGGGCUUGGAUUUCCUCCCUGGGCUCAUGUUUCCCACCUCUUCUGGAAGGAGGGAAGAGGAGAGAGCACUUCCCUUCCACAGGGAAAGGAAAUAAUCAAUAACUCUGGGCUGGGGACAUUCCUCUGUCCGAUCUCCAACAAUCCAACACCUCCUCCUUGGACCCAGAGUUUCCCAGCUGUGUUUUCCCUGGCAUUUUUGUGCACGAGGGAGUUUGGAAUGCCGUGGAUGAGGGGGUGGGAUGUGCUUCUUGUUCCCUCCCCAAACCUCUGCUGUGCCUGCUGAGCGUUCAUUUGCAUUGGAAUUCCACUCCCACCUGCGGGAAGCUUCACGUUAUCGCAGCCACUCUCAUCCUGGAGCUGCUCCUUGCUCCUGCAACUCCUGCCGGGGGUUAGAGGAUCCAAACCUGCCCCUCCUAAUUAGGGAUGUUCCCUAAAUUGCUGGAGUGAGAGCAGGAAUCGCUGCCAAAUCCCGCUCCAGGAAUGUGCUGGGCUUUGGCGUCGCAGCCAAGGAAUCCAGAGGUUUUUUUGGGGUUUUUUUUUUUCUGGGAGGAGGAACUUAACAACUCGAUUGUGGGAAUGGUGUUUCUCCAGCAAAGCCAAGAGAUUCCAGGUUGAAGUCUGGAUGCUUGUGGGGAGUUGUGCUGUUAGGGAAUUUCACCCACCUUUAAGGAUAAUCUUGGGAAAAACAAAAACAUUUCAAGGCACCAGGGGGGUUUUGCCUGUCUGUAGGGAUAAUCCUGAAAAAAAACCUUUAUUUUUCAGGCAGCAGGAAAACAACCAGGUUUGUUCCUGUUCCACACAAUCCUGAAAUUUGUUCUUAUACCUAAUACACCAGCACCUCCCUCUCCCAGCCUUCCCAGUUUUUCUCCUUCCAAAUUUUCAGCUCAGCAUAAAUUCUUUUCCCAUUCUUUCCUGUUCCUUGAUGGCAGAAUUUUUUAUCCCAUCCUUCAACUGCAAAGCACCAAACUCCACGGAGCACUUUGCCCAUCUGGACUCCCACAGAUGAGGCUGCUCUUCCUUUCUCUCUCUGCCCCGAGGAAUGCAGAAAAUCAGGAUUUGAAGGCAUGGCAGGAGCACACACCUUCCUUCCACAGGCUCAGAACCCGACAAAAUCCAGAUUUGUGGAAUAGAGCUGUGGUUUUGUUCCCCUCUGGGAAGAAGCUCUGGAGUCAAAGGAGCUCUGGAGUGGAAAGGAACUCUGUCUGGACAUUGAUUUUGUCAUCCAGAGCAAUUGGGAUUGUUUAAUUUUUUUUUUUUUUUAUUUUUAGUUUUUAAAAUGUGUUUUCCUUAGAACACAUCUAAUUCUAGCAUUUCCCUUCCUCACAGCUGGGCUGCUUGGAGUGGGAUGGGGCUGGGAUUUACUCCCUGGAAAUGCACAAGACAAACUUCUUGCUUUCUCAUUGCUCCCAAAUAUUCAUUUAUUAUAUCAUUCACUCCUAAUUUACAAAGAAAAACCCCACCACCUUAGAGAUGAGAACUGAGCUUAGCUCAUGAAUUUUCCAGGGAAAUGCUGGCUACAGCAAAGCGAGCGUUGCUCUCCCGGUGGAAUUCAUUCAUUGCUGGAAUGAACCAGCAGUCCUGGAGCACAGUUCAUUUUUGGGGGGUGGUUCCUUCCCCCCCUGAGCUCGUUCCCACCUGCAGUCCAGGUGUGCUCGUGGUGUCGUUCCCAGGUUGACGCCGAGGAGCCGAUCCGGUGCCGCUGACGCCGUCUGGCCUCGGCUAUGGACAUCGUCCUGUCGGAUUUUGUUCGCUCAACGGGGGCAGAGCCAGGGCUGGCCAGAGACCUCCUUGAAGGCAAGAACUGGGACGUGAGCGCGGCGCUGAGCGACUUCGAGCAGCUGCGGCAGGUGCACGCCGGGGGUCUCCCGCCCCCCGUGAGCGAGGCCCGCGGCGCCCGGCCCCCCGAGCGCGACGCGGCGCGGCCAGCCCGGCCCCCCCUGCAGCGCCAGGAUGACCUGGUGCAAGAGAAGCGUCUGUCCCGUGGUAUCUCCCAUGCCAGCUCCACCAUCGUGUCCCUGGCCCGUUCCCAUGUGUCCAGCAAUGGCAGCAGCAGCGAGCACCUGCUGGAGAUGCCCAUCUGCACCUUCCAGCUGCCCGACCUCACCGUGUACUCCGAGGAUUUCCGCGGCUUCGUCGAGCGGGAUCUCAUCGAGCAGUCCAUGCUGGUGGCACUGGAGCAGGCUGGGCGUCUCAACUGGUGGGUGACCGUGGAUCCGAGCUGCCAGCGCCUGCUGCCCCUGGCCACCACUGGUGAUGGGAAUUGCCUGCUCCACGCUGCCUCCCUGGGUAUGUGGGGCUUCCACGACCGGGAUCUCAUGCUCAGGAAAUCCCUCUACACCCUGAUGGACAAGGGGGUGGAGCGGGAAGCGCUGAGGCGGCGCUGGCGCUGGCAGCAGACGCAGCAGAACAAGGAGUCUGGCCUGGUUUACACAGAGGAGGAGUGGCAGAAGGAGUGGAAUGAGCUGAUCAAGCUGGCGUCCAGCGAGCCCCGCGUGCACUACGGCUCCAACGGCGGCGGCUGCGGCGGGGUGGAGGGUUCAGAGGAGCCGGUGUACGAGAGCCUGGAGGAGUUCCACGUCUUUGUGCUGGCCCACGUGCUGAAGAGACCCAUCGUGGUGGUGGCAGACACCAUGCUGAGGGACUCAGGUGGUGAAGCAUUUGCCCCAAUUCCCUUUGGAGGGAUCUAUCUGCCCCUGGAAGUCCCAGCCAACAAAUGCCACCGGUCUCCACUGGUUCUGGCUUAUGACCAAGCUCAUUUUUCUGCCCUGGUCUCCAUGGAGCAGAAGGAAAACUCAAAAGAUCAAGCUGUGAUCCCCCUGACAGACUCUGAGCACAAGCUGCUCCCCGUGCACUUCGCCGUGGACCCCGGGAAGGAGUGGCAGUGGGGCAAGGACGACAGUGACAAUGUCAAGCUGGCCAGCGUGACACUGUCACUGGAAGCCAAACUGCACCUGCUGCACAGCUACAUGAAUGUCAGAUGGAUCACGUUGCCUUGUGACAUGCAGGCGCCUCUGGCUCAGCCAGAAUCCCCCACGGCCUCCGCGGGCGAUGACGCUCGCUCGGCGGCGGACUCGGGCGACUCGGACAAGGAGUCGGUGUGCAGCAGCUCUGCCAGCAACGGGGGCACCAGGGCAGGCAAGGACAGGGAGAAACCAAAGAAGGAGAGGGAAAAGGAGAAGGAAAAGGACAAAAAACGGGCAGACUCGGUAGCCAACAAGCUGGGAAGCUUCGGGAAGACUCUGGGCAGCAAACUAAAAAAGAACAUGGGGGGCCUGAUGCACAGCAAAGCCGUGAAGGGCGGCGUGAGCAACGGGCAGGGAGACACCCUGGAGAAGAAGAAGAAAGGAUCCCUGAAGGCACGGAAAGACAGCAAAGAGGAAUGUUCCCCGGGAGAUUUGGCUCCUGCAGAGAAGCCUUGUGCAGGUAAGGCAGCCCUGGAGAAGGCCUCGGACCCCUACAAGUACAGCAGCGACGUGCGGCUGAGCCUGAGCAUCCUGCGCGCCGCCAUGCAGGGCGAGCGCAAGUUCAUCUUCGCCAGCCACCUCAAGACCAGCAGCCGGCACCAGUUCCAGGAGGAGAUGAUCCAGAGGUACCUCCUGGACGCUGAGGAGCGUUUCCUGGCAGAGAAGAGGCAGAAGGAGGCGGAGAGGAAGGCGCUGGGCGGCGCUGCCCCGGCCAAGAGGCCGGAAGGGGAGGCGGGUGCCCAGCGCGGCGAGGAGGCGACGCCAAGCCCCGCGUUCUGCCAGCCACCCCCCACCUACCCCCCCCAGCCCCUGGGUGCUAAAAUAGCUGCAUUUCCAGCUGGCUGUUCUGGUGUUCUCACCUUCCCCAGGCCCUCCAUGGGCAGUGCUGAGGGGCUGCACCCGCCCGCGUGCCCCGAGGGCCGGCGGCAGCUGGCGGGGGGGCCCUGUGGGAGCCUGCCCCCCUAUGCCACCCUGCCCCGGCACCACCAGGGCCGGCUCGGCCCCUGCCCCCCCGGGCCUGCCCAGCCGGGCCGCUUCUCCCCCACGGACGUGGACAUGCAGCCUCCCUUCCCUUCGGAGUGCGAGGGCUCCGGCUGCCUCCCCCCGCACAGCGACGGCUGCCGGGAGCUCCUCGAGCAGGACGAGGGAGGAACUGCGGAUAAAAUGAGAAGCCAAGCCCUGUACAACAUCCAGCAGAGCAAGUGCAAACAGCCCAACUGCAGCUUCUAUGGACACCCAGAGACUGGGGAUUUCUGUUCCUGCUGUUACAAGGAGGAGCUGCGGCGCAGGGAGCGGGAGGCGCUGGUGCACAGGUUCUGAGGCUCCCCCCGUGCACGUCCGGACCCCUGGCACGUGGGGAAUGCAAUAACAGAGAUCCGGUUUGGUUUUAAACCCAGCCGCGCUCCUCUCCCGCUCGGCAGGAGGUGGGAGCAGGCGAUGGGCUGGGGGUGGCACGGGGCUGCUGGGAUUGAUGGGGUGCAGGAGGGAGAGAGGGGGGAAAGCUGCCCCUGCUUUCCUGGAGCCCCUGCAGGGGAGGAGAAGGAUUCCCAGGGGUGCCUGGGGACAGUGGGGGCUGCUCGGGUCGGAGCACAGGGUGAGGGGGGAGAAUUCCUCAAAAACUCAAUAAACCAGACCAAAGCUUUGGGAGUGGGCAGGGGGAGCAGCUCCCACCAGGUCCUUCCCACUUCCUGACCACCUGGGACGGAGCAAAAAUGCCCCAUUUUGAACGUCACAAACCUUUUAAUGGAGUUUUUUAACAUUGGUUUUAUUCUGUAUUUCUUCUUGCUGGUACUGAGCGACACCGUGUUGGAGUUGGACAUUGAUGAGGUGAGGUGGUUUGGAUGCCCCCCACCCAGUCCUGGAUGUCCCUGAGCACCAGGACAGGCUCAGGGCUCUGUCCCCUCCUCUCCUCUCCUCCCCACGAGCUGAACUCUGGUUUUAAAAUGUUGUUUUUAAACUCUUUUCUGAGGCGGGGGGAGCCAGGGGGACUCCCAGAGCUCAAGGGAUUGGAGGUUUCUCUUCCUGUGCAGAACCCCCAGCCCACAGGAGAGCUGAGGUGAGAUCCUGGGCCAGCAUCUCCUGCCAGGAAUUCCCAGUGGCCUGGGGCAAAUCCCCCAGGAAUAUCCGCUGGAAAAGGGGUCCCAGAGCACCCCCAGUCCUGAGGUGGAGCUGGGGGGGUCACAGCCCCACGUAACUCCUACUUGAGCACAGCUACUCUGUACUACCUCUGAUCCUGAUUAACUCGGCUCCGUUGUGCUGAGCCACCAACUGACCUUUAGGCUGCGGAAUUAAUCCAUAUUUUUGAUAACAGGGCUAAAAAGCAGAACAUUAAGGUAAAAUCCUCCCGUGACUAAUGUUCCUGACCCCAUCCCGGCCCCCUGGCUCCCAGGGUGGGAUUCACUUUAGCACUGCGAUGUUUGCACAGAAUUCCUUGGGUUUUUUUGGGGUUUUUUUUUUCGUUUUUUUUUGUUUUUUUGGUAACUGCAGCUCCCAAACCUGGCCUGAUCCUGCACGAGGUGAGGUGCAGCAUUUCCUAUCACAUGGAAAUAAAACAGGAGUUCUAUCCUUCAGCCAGAGCUUUACAACAUACCCUCGUUUCUAUUUUUGGGUUGAUUUUCCAGAAGGCAUCAAACUAUGCAACCCCUUCCUGCCCGUGGUCGUUUCCAGGAGAAGGGAUGAGGCAGAGGAGCUGGAAGUGAGCUUGGGGGAUCACCUGACGCCUUAGACUUGGCCCUAAAAAUGUUAACUUAGACCUAAAAGCCCUGAGUUAAGGCCUUUCCCACGUGUAAAUGCCCCCAAAUAAGGCCUUUCCUGGUGGGAUCCAAACACUUUGAGUCCAGCCAGCAAUUCUCCUUGUCUGCAGAUUCUCACAUCCGAAUUUCACGCACCCCAGGGAUGGUUUGACUCCAGUGUAAGUUGUUUUCCCUGGUUUUAUAAAAUCCCCGAGCGUGGCUGAAGCUGUGGGAAGGGGAGGUGUGACACCCACUCCAGCUGGCUCCUCUUACCUGGGAACAAAUUCCACUUUUCUUCCUCAAACUGCAGGAAUUCCAAUGGACUUCAACCCCAGGCAGGGACGUGCAGUGCUGGUUAAGCAGCACAAGCUCUGCCCCCCCUUGGUUCACCCCAAAUUUUAAGCCGAGAUGGUUAAAACCCAACCCAAACCCUUCCCUAUUUAUAGACACUUGGUUUUAAAUUCCACUUUCUGAUGUUGAUUUUUCCCCAAAUCGGAGCAGCAGCUUUAUUUGGGCGUUGGGAAAAUCCUCUGGAGCAGGGAUGCCGCAGGGCACGGGAGGGCAGGGGGAGGAGAUGCUUCAGCUUUUGGGGGAAUUUCUCUCCUCUUUGGUUAACUCCAUCCCAGUGGGGAUGGGAAACCCCCAGACCUGCUCGUUGGUGUGGGAGGAGAGAGAGGGGAAAAAGCAGAAAACCUGUGGGAAAAGCACCAGUGCUGGAGGAAAAACUCCAAAACUGGAGGAGAAGCACCAAACCUUCCCCAGGAGGGAUUUUUCCACGGGGAGACUGUGGUGUGACCCCCAGGUCAAACUAAGUGCACUUACUGGUGUGGUUGGAAUUCAAAUUGCUGCCAUCGGAUCCUGGUGGAGGAAAAGUUUGUCUUUCAGCGCGCGUAAAACCCGUUCAUGAGAUUUGAUUUGAUUUUAUUAAACGAGAUUCACCUUCGCCACUCCCCGGCCCCUCGCUGGGGCAGCUUUGGGUCUCACUAACGCGACACCGAGUGACCUGAAUUAAUUCUGCAGUGGUUUAUUCACAAAAAAACUCCUUUUUUUUUUAAUUAAUUCCAGAUUAAUUGGUGAUAUUUGGCCUCCUGGUGAACAGGGCCAGAGCGUUGCACUUGGGCUGUACCUGUGGCCUCGUUGUGGCACCACAGACUCAUUGACAAUAAAAACCUUCAGCUGAUGCA